UCAAAACACUAGUCCAAUAAUUUAAAAUUGAAAUCUGAAUAAAAUAAGCUCCUCACUGUUCGCCAUUUUCGAUUUUUCAUCAACAGGAGCUAUUAAGAAUGGCAAUUCUUCACAUAACUCUCUCUGAACCCAAUCAUAACACUCCAGAACACCACCUAUCUCUUCACUCCACAUCAAAUGGGUCCAAUUGGGUUGACUCUACACUAUUCAUCUCCUUUCCUACUCUUUUCACAAACCCACAAUCCAAAAACCCCCAAACCCCAACCCAAUUUCACAACUUUCGCCACCUAUGCCACUGGUGGCAGCAAAAACAUGGCGGUUGAGACACCCACAACCUUUGGCUUCAAGAAUUUGAUGGAAACAUUCACAGUCGAUGUUCAAAGAGCAGAGGGGAGGCCACUGAAUGUCCCUUUGAUUGCCCCUUUUACGAUUGCGUCGUCGAGGCUUGAAAAGGUCGAGAAUGUGGCGAUUCGGAUUGAAUUAAGUAAUGGGUGUGUGGGGUGGGGUGAGGCUCCGAUUCUUCCGUUUGUCACUGCAGAGGAUCAGCCGGCGGCGAUGGUGAAGGCGGCGGAGGCCUGCAAGUUUCUACGACGGUGUCCGGCAAUGACUUUGGGUUCCGCGUUGGGUGAGAUUGGCGAGAUCCUACCUGGCCAUGAAUUUGCUUCUGUUAGGGCGGGAGUUGAGAUGGCACUGAUUGAUGCAGUUGCUAACAGCGCAGGCAUACCUUUGUGGAGACUAUUUGGUGGAGUUUCAAAUUCCAUUAUUACUGAUAUAACAAUUCCAAUUGUUUCCGCUGCUGAAGCUGCUGAAUUGGCUUCAAAGUACCGCAAACAAGGAUUCAAGACCUUGAAACUUAAGGUGGGUAAAAAUCUGAAAGCAGACAUUGAAGUGCUUCAAGCCAUACGCAUGGCCCACCCCAAUUGCUUGUUUAUUCUAGACGCUAAUGAGGGUUACACUUCUGCAGAAGCUAUUCAAGUUCUUGAAACAUUACGUGAAAUGAAGGUGACUCCCGUUCUUUUUGAACAACCAGUUCAUAGAGAUGAUUGGGCAGGUCUUGGUCAAGUUAGUCGUGUUGCAAAAGACAAAUAUGGGGUAUCUGUUGCUGCUGAUGAAAGCUGCAGGAGUUUAUUAGAUGUUAAGAAAAUAGUUGAAGGAAAACUUGCAAACGUCAUUAACAUUAAACUUGCCAAAAUUGGGGUCCUUGGCGCCCUUGAAAUUAUUGAGGUGGCAAGGGCAUCAGGAUUGGAUCUGAUGAUUGGUGGUAUGGUUGAGACUAGACUGGCCAUGGGCUUUGCUGGUCAUCUUGCUGCUGGCCUUGGGUGUUUCAAAUUUGUUGACCUAGAUACACCUCUUCUGCUGUCUGAAGAUCCAGUCCAGGAAGGGUAUGAAGUCUCCGGUCCCAUUUACAGGUUCACAAAUGCUAGAGGUCAUGGUGGUUUCCUUCAUUGGGUUGAUAUUGCAUGAAAAUGAGCAGGGUUGUUGUUUACACUAUUUAAGCAGUCAUACCACUUGUGAGAUCAAGUUGGUGGUUGAAUUAUGCUUCUUGUUUAAUAAGACACCUGGCUGGCGUUUGGUUUCUCGUUUCUGCAUGGUGCUUUGACAAAUGAAGAGAAGGGAAAAGAGAGGCAUCUGCAGGGAGAUUAAAUGCUUUUUCAUGUGAGGCAAUUUGUAAAAGAGUGGUCAUAAUUUAAAUUAUGUAAUUAGAGGACAUUGAGCUUACAGCUUCCUAAUUAGGCAGACUUUGUAGUCAGUAGUCAUUUGUAAAAUGAAGUCAGAAUUUUAAAUCAUCUCUGAAUGAUAUAUCAGUCUCUCUUUAAUAUUA